AUGUCUUUCCCGCGAGUCGCUCGGGCAGGUGUUCUGCGGCACCUGCGCCUCGGCGAUGCCUUGUCUCACCAGACUCGCGUGAUCGGUCUCCAGCACCAGCUCCGCCGUCUCUCUCUCAUCGCCCCCUCUCGAUGUACGACUCCGCUGGCGGGGUCGUUGCCCGUCCUUAGAUCCCUGCCCUCUCGUUCCUUUGCGACAGCCACCGGGGAAAGCACCGAGGCAAACAGCGACAAGCCCAAGAGGGGGACCAAGUCCAAACCGAAGAAGAAGAAGAAGACGGCCAAGGCUGCGCCGAAGAAGCCGAAGAAGCGGGGAUUGACUGAGAAGCAAAAGGAGGCCAAAGCAAAGAAGCAACGUAAGGAAUUGAUCGAACAGCUCAAGGCGGCGGCCCUGGAGCCUCCUCAGAAGCUCUCUACGGCAACCCGCGCGAUGUUCAUCAAGGAGAAGCUCGCCGAGCUCAAGUCACAGCCCCAGUCAGCCAACCAGUCUCCGCAAGAGCUAUUCAAAGAAGCCGGUCGCCAGGUCACCGACGAGUGGUCCGCGGAAUCCGAGCGAUUUCUUAAUCAAGCUCGUGAGAACCGCGCUGCAAAUGAGACUGCUUUCGCGGAGUGGGUCCAGCAAUAUACCCCUCGGCAGAUCAAAGAUGCGAAUACUGCGCGACAGACCCUUCGCCGUCUCAUCGGGAAGGAUAAGAUUAAGCAUAAGUUCCGUCCGAUCAAGGAUGAUCGACUUGUCAAGCCACCCCAGUCCGCAUAUCUCUGGUUCUUCCAAGAGCGGUUUGCCAGCGGCGACUUCCAGUACAUCAGCAAACUGAGCGAUGCGAGUGCACCGAUUGGCGCUGAGUGGAAGAACAUGUCGGAGCACCAGCAAGCUCCUUAUGUGGAGAAGUUCAAUCAAGACCAUGCCCGUUGGGUCAGUGAGUACCGUCAGGUGUAUGGCGAGGAGCCCGCGCCCCCGCAAAAGAAGAAGUCGACGUCGAGCCCCUAA